AUGCCUCCUCUCCUCUCCCUCCUCUUCGUCCUCUUCCUCUUCCUCUCACCCUUCCCUACCCAUUCCCUCAACCCAAACACCUUCACUUCAGCCCAACAAUCCUUCCUUCAAUGUCUCAACUCCUCCUUCCCCUCCAAUCUCAUCUUCACCCCAACCAACAAAAACUACACAAACCUUCUCUUCUCCUCCAUCCAAAACCUUAGGACUCUAACCAACUCUCCCAAACCUCUCCUCAUCCUCACCCCAACUCAAGAAUCCCACAUCCAAUCCUCUAUUUCAUGCUCAAACACCCUCAACAUCCUCUUAAGAAUUCGCAGCGGCGGCCAUGACUAUGAAGGCCUCUCAUACGCGUCAACCAUGAGCGAUUUCUUCGUAAUCAUCGACCUCCAAAAGCUCAACUCGAUAACAAUUGAUUCAUCAGUGAGCACAGCUUGGGUACAGGCUGGUGCUAUUUUAGGUGAAGUUUAUUAUGCCAUUGCUAUGAAGAGUAGAGUUGUUGGAUUUCCUGCUGGCUCCUGUCCUACUGUGGGAGUUGGAGGUCAUUUCAGUGGUGGAGGAUUGAGCACUAUUAUGAGAGCUUAUGGUAUUGCUAUUGAUAAUAUCAUUGAUGCUAGAAUUGUGAAUGCAAAGGGUGAAGUUCUUGAUAGAGAAGCCAUGGGUGAAGAUCUUUUCUGGGCUUUGAGAGGUGGAGGAGGAGCUAGCUUUGGAGUCAUAUUGUCUUAUAAGAUAAAACUUGUUCAAGUUCCACCUAAGGUCACAAUCUUCACCAUUUCAAAAACACUGGAAGAAGGUGCAACAAAGCUAGUCAGCAAGUUUCAAAACAUAGCUUACAACCUCGAUAAAAGAUUGUUUCUGCAAUCAAUCUUACAGCCAGUGAAUGAAAACAGCCCAAAUAAGACAAUUCAAGCUACUUUCAGCUCCUUGUUCCUUGGUCAAAAAGAAGAACUUGUUUCAAUCUUAAAGCAAAGCUUUCCAGAGCUGGAAUUGAAGGAAACAGACUGUACUGAAAUGAGCUGGAUUGAAUCAGUUUUGAACUUUGCUGGUUACUCUUCAGAUUCUCCUCUGAAUGUUCUGCUCAACAGAAAGCCAUGGUCAAACUCUACAUCAUUCAAGAACAAGUCUGAUCUUCUAACAAAGCCAAUAACUGAGGAAGAAUGGAAUGAGAUCUUCAGAUUUCUCCUCAAAGGGAAUCUAUGGUUUAUGCUGAUUAUCGAUCCUUUAGGUGGAAUGGUAGCUGAAGUCUCUGAAACUGAGACACCAUUUCCUCACAGAAAGGGAAGCUUGUAUGAUGUCCAGUAUAUUACUCAAUGGACUGAAGAGGGGAUAGAAACAACACAGAAGAAUUUGAAAUGGAUAAGGAAGUUCUAUGAGUUUAUGACUGCUUAUGUUUCAAGAAAUCCAAGAGGUGCUUAUCUGAAUUACAGAGAUUUGGAUCUGGGAGUUAAUGGAGAAGGGAACACAAGCUAUGUGAAGGCUAGUGUUUGGGGUGAAAAGUACUUUAAAGGAAACUUCAGGAGACUGGCACAAGUGAAGAGUGAGGUUGAUCCAGGCAACUUGUUCAGAUAUGAACAAAGCAUUCCUCUACUCUUCUGA